AGCACCUGACUGAGCCGAGACAGGCCCUCCGGCUGGAGAUAUGUGUAACGCACCAUCCUACUGUGACCUCGGAAAGGCCGCCAAAGAUGUCUUCAACAAAGGCUAUGGGUUCGGCAUGGUCAAAAUAGAUCUGAAAACCAAGUCAUGUAGUGGAGUGAUGGAAUUUUCUACUUCUGGUCAUGCUUAUACGGAUACAGGGAAAGCAUCAGGCAACCUAGAGACCAAAUACAAGGUCUGUAACUAUGGACUCACUUUCACCCAAAAAUGGAACACAGACAAUACUCUUGGGACAGAAAUCUCUUUGGAGAAUAAGUUGGCUGAAGGUUUGAAACUGACUCUUGAUACCAUAUUUGUACCAAACACAGGAAAGAAGAGUGGAAAAUUGAAGGCCUCCUACAAACGGGAUUGUUUCAGUCUUGGCAGUAAUGUUGACAUAGAUUUUUCUGGACCAACCAUCUAUGGUUGGGCUGUGUUGGCCUUCGAAGGUUGGCUUGCUGGCUAUCAGAUGAGUUUUGACACAGCCAAGUCCAAAUUGUCACAGAAUAAUUUCGCCCUGGGUUACAAGGCUGCAGACUUCCAGCUGCACACUCACGUGAACGAUGGCACCGAAUUUGGAGGUUCUAUCUACCAGAAGGUUAAUGAGAAGAUUGAAACAUCAAUAAACCUUGCUUGGACAGCUGGCAGUAACAACACCCGUUUUGGCAUCGCUGCUAAAUACAAGCUGGAUUGCAGAACUUCUCUAUCGGCUAAGGUAAAUAACGCCAGCCUGAUUGGACUGGGUUAUACGCAGACCCUCCGGCCAGGAGUCAAAUUGACCCUGUCAGCUUUAAUCGACGGAAAGAAUUUCAAUGCAGGUGGUCAUAAGGUUGGGUUGGGAUUUGAACUGGAAGCUUAAUGUGGUUUUGAGUAAAGUGUCAAAUUUAUCCCUGGAAGUGAAGAGAAAUGAACCCACUAUGUUUUGGCCUUAAAAUUCUUCUGUGAAAUUUCAAAAGUGUGAACUUUUUAUUCUUCCAAAGAAUUGUAAUCCUCCCCACGCCGACGUCUCUAGAGUGCAGUCCAUCUAAGGGAGGCGUGAAGGCAUGCCUGGAAGGUGCCGUGUUUGUGCCACAUCUCAGUUCAGUUCUGCAGUGUUAAUUUCGAUGUGUUCCUCAGCGCCAGUGUAGUGUCAUGUUGGGAAGUGACCCUGCCCUCCACAUCACGAUGUCCUGCAUGUCCUCUGCCACUUUUCAUGACCUUUUAGGAUACUGGUCUGUGCUGUAGUGGAAUCUUUGGUUUUGCAUCACAGUAAAAUAAAAUAAACCCAUCACAUUUGGAACAUAA